ACUUUUCAUUGUUGUCUAUGUUGUCUGUAUAAUCCAAAACUUUUAUUUGCUAGUGUUUGUUACAAGCAUUUUAAAUAAUAUGAUAAUGCCGGUCAUUAAUCAUCACCAGAGCACCACUGAAAAGAUUAAUCUCGGUCACAGAUCACAGGUAGCACUCAACAUAUUAAUCAUUUCUGUAAUGCUAAUUAUUUCUCGAGAAAUUUAUGGUAUCAAAGAAAUUAAUGGGAUUCAACUAUGGAAGGAUUACCUUGGAAAUGUCGACUUGCAAGGUGCAGCGGAACAUAUCACACAACACGUCACGACCGUUCGUAACGUACGGUCUCAUCUUCCUACGACCAGGUCCGCAUUUCUAAUGGACGCAUGUGUAAGCACAGACAACGAAAGAUACGACACGCGAUACAAGUGCCUAUCGAGUGCGUCUUUGUCCUCGGAUGAUUCAGGGGAACACGGUGUAAAUUUCGAAUUCAUCAAUGUCGCUCCUUGGAGUUACUGAAGCCACUUUAUCGUAUUCCACGACGGAAUACCUGAUGCAAGAGAAUGCUAUAAAUGCCGAAAGUAAAGGAUCCUGGAAAGCCUUCCUUUCAAGCAAUAGCCGUUCAAGCAGUAACGAGAAUAUCUCCUAUUUCAAAUAUGAAUUAAACAUACGCUUAUCUGUCUGAAGAAACAGCAGAAAAUGCUGUUUACAUCUAUGUUUACACACAUGUUUCGGUCUUCGUGGUUCCUUAUGAAAUCUUAUCGUUGAAUCUCUUGCGUGUCACAUGGACAAUUACAUAUCGCAUUAAUUACAUCGAUCGAUCCAGUUCGACAUGUCGAACAUGUCAUAAGUAAACGAGACACGGAUAGGAAAAGCGACGAGGUGACACGAGAUGAGGCGGAUAAAAGUCUCCCUCUUCAAGGUCGGCUUUUUUCAUGUCAUGACUUCGUGUGCUCGCCUCAGAGCGAACAAGACCGUCGGGAUAUCUCGAAGACGGUAGUCAACAGAAACCGAUGUACUCCAGCCGUGCAUGAAAUGCAUUCCGACACAUGACUGGACCCUUCUACGUCCUAGCCAAGUCCUCGAUGCUCAAACCGGCUGCAUCGCUGGAAGUCGCGCAAAAAUAACGCGUUUUGAGAUAUCAGGCAGAAGAGACUGCGCCAACAAGCGGGUACUGGAGGAGAUAUAUACGCAUAAACGGAUGGUUAAAUGCGAUUUGUCAUUUCAGCUGGCCAUGGCAGCGGCUUGGAUUAUCUUGACGUUGCUAGGCCUAUCGUCUGCAGUUCCCUCGUAUCGAGUACCGGUCCAAGAAAUCCAGCCGCCCCCGCCGUGGAAUCCGCAUGCGAAACCACUCGGGUUCCAGAGAGGUGCUGUCGAGAGCCCACCGACCCCAACAAUCGACCGUCUGUCGAACGAUUUAAAUUACGAUGAGUUUGGCUCGCAUAGAUAUCCACUGCGCGACGCGGUCGAGUCGUUGCCAGCGAAUGUACUGUAUACAAAUGAUCCGAAGAGUGAGAAUGGAAGAUUGCCUUUGAGAGAUGCGGUGGAACAUCGCGAGGCGCCUUCUAUCACUGCCAAUUUGGAUCAUGAAUCUAUCUGGAUCGAGCCUCUAGCACCUCCGACCCUACGAAGGACGCAGCAGAUUUUCGAACCCAAAGUUGUCUGCCGCUACGAUGCAAAAGCCGUUCAUAGAACGGAGCCAUUCUCCUUAUUCCCGCAAAACGUGCCGGAUUACAAGUGCACUCAUCUCGUAUACGCCGCAGCUACGAUCGAUGAGCGAUUAUUCGUUGUUCCCAGAGAUGUGGAGUACGAUCGAGUUAAAGGUGGUUACAACGCUGCCACAGGACUCCGCUCAAAGGACCCGGUAUUGCGCGUGCUGAUAUCCAUCACGCACCCAAAUGCAGCUCUCAGUCGAAGAAUCCGACGAGCUUAUCGCGCGGACAAUUUCCCAUUGGUUUCCUCUAUCCUCGAGUUCCUCGAGGAAUACCGUUUCGAUGGUAUCGAGCUCGAUUGGCCAACUGCUGCUGAAGAUUGGUCGCAUUUUAAGACCCUACUGAAGCUGAUCAGCGCUCCGUUGGCCAAGAAGGGUUACACUUUUGCAGUGGCGCUGAGCCCAGGAGACCUGGUGGAUCCAGAACUCGCAUCGAUCGUCGAUCUGAUAAUUUUGAGGAGCUGGCAGGACUUCCCGCCAACUUGUCAGAAUGACCCCAACUGCGAAAGAGCGGACAGGUUUGCUCUUCAUCCGAGCCCGCUGAGCUUUGUUGCACGGAACACGAGCAAAUGGAUCAAGCGAAUCGGUAUUGGGCAACGAUCGAAAAUCGUGCUCUCCCUGCCAGUCUUCGGUCAAGGAUAUACCCUCAAGUUCGGCAAUAUAACCGAUGCCGGCGCGCCGGUUUUGGGACCCGGCAGAGAAGGCUCUUACACGAAACGGCGGGACGGAAAAUUAGCUUACUAUGAGGUGUGCGAGAAAUUGGAAGAAGGUUUAUGGAUCUCUGGUAGGGACGAGGAAGGGCCAUACGUGAAACGCGGCGAUCAGUGGGUCGGUUACGAAGAUCCCGUGGCGAUCAAAAUCAAGACUGCGUACGUACGAGAAAUGGGAUUCGGUGGAGUUUCCUUAUGGUCGCUAGAUCUGGACGAUUUUCAGGGUAUUUGCGGGAACCCAUGGCCAAUGCUGAACGCGGCCGUUCAAUCCUUGGGACACUACGAGGAGCCGGUGAAGAAGUGUUCGAAGGACGGUCUCUCCAGGGAUCCCGAUAACUGUUCCGGGUUUUAUUCUUGCGUCAAAGGAUUACUGCAUCAUGGCCAUUGCGGUCAUCGUCGGUUUUUCGACUCGAUCGAAAAACGUUGCGUGACAGCCGCUCCGGAAGUCUGUAAGCUCGACGCCCUCGAUCGCAUCGUCGAUCAAAAUAAAUCACCAUUGCCGGCAACAUCGUCGCAAGUCCAAAAGAAGGAGAAGUUGGAACUGUUGCAACAAAAGGGCCCGCGAGUAGUGUGCUACGUAGCAUCCUGGGCUCUGUACCGUAAGGGAGAUGGUAAAUUCGUGCCGGAAAAUCUGGAUUCGCGUUUGUGCACCGAUAUAGUCUAUGCAUUCGCCGGUUUGAGCCCGGAGACCUUGAUGAUUCAGACAUUCGAUCCUUGGGCCGACAUCGAUAACGGUCUGUAUCAACGUGUGACUUCGGUCCGAGGAUCAAGGAUACUAUUGGCACUAGGCGGAUGGGUCGACAGUUUUGGCGACAAGUACUCGCGAUUGAUCAGUAGUGGCGUCGCUCGUCGUAAAUUUGUCGCGGCCACGGCGAAAUACCUGCAGGAGCACAAUUUCGAUGGUCUGUCGCUUGAAUGGAGCUAUCCGAAAUGCUGGCAAAGUGACUGUAAGAAAGGUCCGGACUCUGACAAGCCAAAUUUCACCAAGCUGGUGCAGGAGUUGAGGCAGGAAUUCGACAAGCAGCAACCGCCACUUCUCUUGGCCGUCGCUUUAUCGGGAUACAAGGAGGUCAUCGACAAGGCGUAUGAGGUACGCGAAAUUUCACAGGCCGUCAAUUUCAUGUCUGUGAUGACGUAUGAUUAUCACGGUGCAUGGGAAUCAAAGGCAGGACACAUAGCACCCUUGUUUGGCUUGUCCAGCGACAGCAAUCCUUUUUACAAUGUCAACUUCACCAUGAGCUAUCUCGUCGGUCUUGGCGCUGACAAGUCCAAGCUUCUGCUCGGCAUUCCACUGUACGGGCAAUCUUAUCGGCUUUCGACGGCGAGCCAAGCUGAUUUGGGCGAUCCUACGACUGGUCCUGGCAAGCCGGGCGAGUUUACCAAGCAACCCGGAAUGUUGGCUUACUACGAGAUUUGCGAGAGGAUCAAACGGCACGACUGGAAGCCUGGAGUUGGACCGAGCGCUCACUUCGAGGAUCAAUGGGUUGGAUAUGAAGAUCGAGAGAGCGUCUACGCAAAGGGCAAGUACGUUGUGGGAAAUGGCUACGGUGGCACUACAAUGUGGACUGUGGAUCUGGACGAUUUUCAGAAUCGCUGCUGCUCGGAAUCGUACCCUCUAUUGAAGACUAUAAAUCGCGCGCUAGGUCGUUUGUCAACGCCCAUCUCGGAAAACUGUCAACGUCCACCUCAACCAGUAACACCCCAACCACCGACGCUGACCACUCAUAGCGACGCUGCAGACGGCAAUCCACGACCAACCACACCGAUGACAACAUCUACCACUAAGGCCACCACGUGGCCCACAUGGACAGAGAGACCGAGUACCACGACACAACGGACAACUACCUGGCCGACCUGGACUUGGACUACCUCCUCCCAGAAACCCACCAGACCCAGCGACGUUCCGCAAAAGCCGAUUACCACGAUGAAACCCAGUUCGACUCAAAAACCGAGUACUACCCCUAGCAGCACCACGUGGUCAUGGACUACUACGAGGUGAGGAGCGACUACGCGACCUACGACUGCAACACCAAAUCCGGUUACGUCGCCGGGAAUGAGUUGCACCAGCGGCGAGUAUUAUGGUGAUCCAGUCAACUGCGGCAAUUACUACAGAUGCGAUCGUGGUGAGCUGAGGCGUGAGCAAUGCGCGCCGGGAUUACACUGGAACACGAAGCGACGUCUCUGCGAUUGGCCAUCGGCAGCAAAAUGUCAAACAGAAACUGAUUCGAGCACGACCAUGAGUGGUUCUUCGUGGGGCUCUACGAAGCAACCAUCCACAACAUUCACGACAGCUAAGACUACUACAACAACGAUGAGGACAACAACGACUACGACAACUACGACGACGACUACGCAGAAACCCACAACGUUCAGCACAUCCAAACCCAUCAUCAUAAUACGGCCGACGCAAAAACCGCAGAGACCAUGCGAACAUGGACAAUACUAUCCUUAUCCAAAUUCCUGCACGAGCUUUCUGGUCUGCGUGAACGGCAAUCUUGUCUCGCAACAAUGCGGCCCGGGAUUGAACUGGAAUACGGAGAAAAACAUGUGUGAUUGGGCCUUCAAGAACCCCUGUAACGAGGUACCUCACAAGAACGCUCUGCUCGUAGAAAAGGAUAGUGUUCCAACCGCAUGCAUUCCUGGCAGCUACAGCGACGUACCAGGUGACUGCAAGAGCUAUCAAGCAUGUCUCUGGGGCCGCCAAGAGGUAUUUAGCUGCGCACCAGGUUUGCACUUUAAUAAGCAAACCCGCAUUUGCGACUGGCCGUCUCGAGCGAAGUGUACGGAUGGCGAUGGCGAUCAGCAAGUUACUAUGCAAACAAUCACAACGACAAGAGCACCCGCUCGACCAACAGUCCCACACAAACCGACAGUAACACAACCGGUGUUUACCACCGCACAAACACCCGUCACGUCUACCACGAGCCAAUCUACGACGACAACAUUACCUUCGGCGAUUGUGGAUCCGGAGAAGGUAUCGCCGUUGUCCGGCUAUUAUAAGAUCGUAUGCUACUUCACAAAUUGGGCCUGGUACCGUCGAGGGGUCGGUCGUUAUCUACCGGAGCACAUUGAUCAUACUCUAUGUACGCACAUCGUGUACGGUUUCGCGGUUCUGGAUUAUUCUGAAAUGGUGAUUAGAGCGCACGACUCCUGGGCAGACUUUGAUAAUCGAUUCUACGAGCGGGUGGUGGCGUACAAGAAACGAGGUCUCAAAGUGCUGCUGGCUCUAGGUGGCUGGAACGACUCGGCUGGCGAUAAAUACAGUCGGCUGGUGAACAACCCGGCCGCCAGGCGGAAAUUCAUCGAUCAUGCUCUUAAGUUCAUUAGCAAAUAUGACUUCGAUGGGCUCGACUUGGAUUGGGAGUACCCUGUCUGCUGGCAGGUGAAUUGCAAGAAAGGCCCAGACUCGGACAAAGAGAGUUUUGCAGCCCUAUUGCGGGAACUGAGCGCCGAGUUUAAACCAAGAGGAUUGCUACUUUCGGCAGCGGUCUCGCCAAGCAAGAAAGUAAUCGACAAAGGGUACGAUGUGCCGGCGUUAGCUAAGUACCUGGACUGGAUCGCCGUCAUGGCAUACGAUUAUCACGGACAAUGGGACAAGAAGACCGGCCACGUAGCACCUCUGUAUUAUCAUCCAGACGAUGAUAUCGAUUACUUCAAUGCCAAUUAUUCGAUUAAUUACUGGAUUUCGAAAGGUGCACCGCCUAGGAGCAUCGUCAUGGGCAUGCCCUUGUACGGUCAAUCCUUUGCGAUCAACGAUCCGAGGGCGGGGACUGGUCUGAACUCACCAGCUAGUGCCGGUAACGCAGGAGAAUUCACUAGAGCUGCUGGUUUCCUAUCUUAUUACGAGAUUUGCGAUCGCGUUCGCAAUCGUGGUUGGACGGUGGUGCAAGAUCCGGAGAGCAGGAUGGGCCCGUACGCCUACAAGGGUAGCCAGUGGGUCAGCUAUGACGAUCCAGAAAUGAUUAAGCGAAAGGCGCAGUUCGUGCGUGACUUAGGUUUAGGUGGUGGUAUGGUUUGGGCCUUGGAUUUGGAUGAUUUCCGCGGACGUUGCGGUGAUGGAUCCCACCCACUGAUGCACGUAAUCCAACGGGUGUUGGCACAACCGCCGAACGAGCACGACAGACCGGUAAAGCCACCCAUGGUGGGAGGAAUUCCAGAAUGGAAGCCAUCGACAGUGACAACGAUGACUACUACAAAGCCUACGUUACAGCCGACUGUGUCGGUGGAUCGCGUUACGCAAACUAGCUCUAGGAGCGACGAGUUCAAAGUUGUCUGUUACUUCACCAACUGGGCUUGGUACCGCCAAGAGGGUGGCAGAUUCGUACCAGAAGACAUCGAUCCUGAUCUCUGUACCCAUGUGCUUUACGGAUUCGCUGUGCUUGAUGGUAGCACCCUAACAAUGAAAUCCCACGACCCCUGGGCCGACAUAGAUAACAAGUUCUACGAGAAAGUGGCAGCUUUUAAGUCGAAGGGCCUGAAAGUACUGAUGGCGCUGGGCGGCUGGAACGAUUCUGCCGGUGACAAGUAUAGUAGACUCGUAAACUCACCGUCAGCUAGGCGAAAGUUCAUCACACAGGUUCUGCACUUUAUCGACAAAUAUGGCUUCAUGGGUCUUGAUCUUGAUUGGGAGUAUCCAGUGUGUUGGCAAGUGGAUUGCAACAAGGGUCCGAAGUCCGACAAGGAAGGUUUCAGUCAGCUGGUGAAGGAGCUAAGUGACGAAUUCAAGCCAAGAGGUCUGCUUCUUUCAGCUGCGGUUUCGCCAAGCAAGAAGGUGAUUGAUGCGGGAUACGAUGUUCCCGUUCUGUCCAAGUAUCUGGAUUGGAUAUCUGUGAUGACAUACGAUUUCCAUGGGCAGUGGGAUAAGAAAACCGGCCACGUUGCGCCGUUGUAUCGACUACCAAACGAUUGGGAGCCAACAUUUAAUGCCAAUUUUUCGAUUCAUUAUUGGAUAGAAAAAGGCGCGAAUCCCAAGAAAAUAGUUAUGGGUGCACCAUUGUAUGGACAGUCGUUUUCGUUGGCGGAGAGAAACGAGCACGAAUUAAAUGCGCCAACUUAUGGUGGUGGCGAGGCCGGAGAAGCGACUAGGGCAAGAGGCUUUUUGUCAUAUUACGAGAUAUGUGAAAGAACGUUAAAAAAGGGAUGGACGGUCGUUCAAGAUAAAGAGAGGAGGAUCGGUCCCUACGCUUACAAAGGUGAUCAGUGGGUGAGCUUUGAUGAUGCUCAACAAAUCAAACUAAAAGCAGAAUUGAUCAAAAAGCUCGGUCUUGGCGGCGGAAUGGUCUGGGCCUUGGACCUGGAUGAUUUCAAGAACAGAUGUGGUUGUGAGCCAAGCCCGCUGCUAAGAACAAUGAAUCGGGUUCUAAGGAACUAUCCAAAAGGCCCGCUGUGUCCCGUCACAGGAGGUGCAGAAACGAUUAUAACUGACGUCGGCCAAGUCGACGUCGAAUCCACGACUGUCACCGAACGUCCGAUAUACGAAUCUACCACGUCGCAGGCACCCGCGUAUCCACCACCAUCAUCGACAGUAACAACGACUACGAUAACAUCAAAUUUUGAUAUCGAUGACACAGUGGAGAUUGAAGCCAGUCCGUCACCCCCGGCAGAUUGCAACGGGCAUUUGUUCAUAUCGCAUAAAAGCGAUUGUACUAAAUAUUAUUUAUGCAAUUUCGGCAAAAUUUCGGAGCACUCAUGUCCAUCUGGUCUCUACUGGAACGAAAAUCGAUGUGACUGGCCGGAGAAUACUAAAUGCAGAAGCGCUCAGCGUCAAAUCAGCGAGUCGCUGAAACCGAGAACCGCCGAGAAUGCAAACGCUAAAAAGAUGAUCUGCUAUUAUACGAAUUGGGCUUGGAGGCGGCAGAGUUUUGGCAAAUUCUUGCCGGAAGACAUCGACGGCGAGCUGUGCACGCACAUUGUCUACGCCUUCGCCACCCUGGAUGUCGACUGGGCGUCAGAGACGGAGGCACGAAGCCUGACACUGAGCAUCGACGAUUCCGCCGAUGUGUACAGGAGUUUUCUUGAUAAAGCAGCGGAACUCAGAAAGAAAAACAAUGUUAAGGUAUUACUCGGUGUAGGCGGCUGGAACGAUUCGAAAGAUGACAAGUACAGCAGAGUGGCCGCCAGUCCGUCAGUUAGAAAACAAUUCGCCCAGUAUGCUGUGCGAUUCGUCACGGAGCACGGAUUCGACGGUCUUGAUCUUGACUGGGAGUUUCCCACGUGUUGGCAGGGCGAUUGCAGCCGCGGUCCACGCUCCGACAGCAGGAACUUCGCUCUGUUAAUCAUGGAUCUUAAGGAAGAAUUCAAACCGCGAAAGCUGCUGUUAUCUGCUGCGGUCUCGGCAAACAAAAUCGUUAUCGAUAUCGCUUAUGGCAUCCCGCACUUCGUUCGAGACCUGGACUGGAUCGCCGUUAUGGCGUACGAUUAUCACACCGCGUGGGAAAGAGAGACCGGCCACAUUGCCCCGCUUUAUCGUUAUCCUAAUGAUAACAGUUUGUUUCUGAACGUCAACUUUUCCAUGAGAUAUUGGAUCGACAAGGGCGUUCCGGCCGACAAAAUCAUUAUGGGCAUACCCGCUUACGGACAAAGCUUUACUUUGUCUGAAAAGGCGCAGAACUACGCGCCAGGCUUCCACGCAGAGGCUACUGGCCCCGGAGAACCCGGCAGGUUCACAAAAUCGGCUGGUUUCCUGGCUUAUUAUGAGAUAUGCGAUGACGUGAGAAAUGACGGCUGGUCUGUCACGAAGGAUCCGGAAGGUCGCGUGGGAUCGUACGCGUCGAAACGCGAUCAGUGGGUGAGCUACGAUGACGUGACCGAUGUAACAAGAAAGACCGAGUUGAUUAAGGAGCUGAAUCUCGCCGGCGGAAUGAUCUGGUCUAUCGACCUUGACGACUUUAAGAAUCUAUGCGGCUGCGGGAAGUAUCCGUUGCUGACGGCAUUGAAUCGUGGACUCGGAAAAGGACAUAGUCGCGCGACGGACUGCACUUGAGCAGCAUAUCACGAGAACGCGAAAGGGUGAUAGUGCGUAUCUCGAAGGUCGCACGUCGCAUGUCAAGAUCGCCCACAAGUUAGAUCCUCUCUUUGGCAACGCUACUUGAUUUUUCUUAUCCCUUCCGCAUGCUGCUAUUGCGGUCGAACUCCAAUCAAUGUUUGUCGCCACAAACAUUUUACUCUUGUGAUUUCGGCAGCUAAGUUCCCCUGGACGUUGUAAAAAAAAAUGUGCGGAAACCACGCAGAAGAGUGGUUCCGCACGUGUCAGUAGUAUCGCGUUGUACUUAAUAAUUACGGUAGUUUUUCAUGCAUUUUCUGGCGUACGAAAGGCCAAUUAGAGACACGUCACGCCAAGUCACGCAAAUUGCUCAACGAAUAAAAAUAUCGUCGGAAAUCGCGGCAGACGGUUCUCCAGCUGAGCGCACUGAGUGCUGAUGCUACAUGCAAUCAUCUCGGCGUUCACCUUAGCGACAAUCGAACACUUCCGCAGAUGCGGGGUUUCCGGUAUCGCGACGGGUGACAAGACAGAUAUCUUUAUCGUGCCGUUUCAUAUUUUGUCGUUAAACAGAUAAUACAAUAUAAUUUGUAAUCCAGCGCCUCGCUGGACUCUAGACGCUAGACAACGUAAAAAUUUUCGCAAUUACAUAAUUAUACAUAAGAUUUCUCGCAUGACAUUUUGAUCACGCGUAAAAACGUCCGCGAUAGAUAAGGUGUUACAUGUUAAAUAUGUUGUAAUGCUUAUUGACGCGCGUUCAUCGCAACACUCUUCCGGAUGACGUGAGUUUCGUAAAACAAGAGGGAGGAAGAAAGUAAUGGAUGCAGAAAAAGCAGAUGAUCGUACGCAUCGACGAUGACGCUCGUCUUCCUUUGAUGCACGCGUUGCCACGUCAUCUGCGAAGAUCAAGAGCGUAUUAUCGUUUUAGCGUAUAAGUGUUUUAUGAUUAAGAUUGUAUCGUUUUUCACAAAUAAUCGUGUGUUCUGUAGAGUGUAGAUGAUUGCCUGCGAUCGAUCAGUCGAUUCCCCGAUAUUACGAGAUUUAUCGAAGAGACGAUAAUUGUACGUGAUCGUUGUUUAUGUAAAUUUAUUCAUGAUGAUUAUAUGUAUAUGGUUUUAUGAUUAUCAAACUUGAAUUGCAAGUGCAGCUGCAUCAGAUAUGCCAAGUGUGCGUAAUAUGUGCAUAAGUAUAUAAAUAAAUAUAACGGUAACCGCUGCAACUGAGGAAGAUGAUGAAAAGGAAAAAGAGAUGAGACGUAGCAGCUGCAUAAACUGGUUUAACUCAAGAUCGAGCGGGACAAAGUAUUUAAUAAAGCAAAGAUGAAUUGAGCGAGUUGGCGACACAUGUUGCUCGUUAGAUUGGUUUGGAAACUGCGCAGUCUUUUUAAUGAAUUGGAUCAUUAUUGUAAUGAUUGACCGUGAAAACUUCUAACACGCGAUGUGGUCAUGAGCUUUGAAACAAAACAAAAACGCGAUAGUAAUUAUACCAUCCUAAUCACGUCAUUGCGUUCUCGAUGAUGCAUAAUCGAGGCCUUCUUUGGCGAAUGCUUUCCGCGAACGCUCAAUGGAUCUACUGAUAAUAAAUGAAUCGAUCGCCGCAUUAAUUACCGUGAGUGCACGAUAAGAGCCGUUAUUAAUGCCAUGGCUUUUCAAGAUCCGAUGUGCUUCCUUUCUGUUUAGAAACCAAGCAUUUUAUAAAUAAAAAAUCAAGCAAUUUUCCUAAA